AAUCGAGUCGCAGUACCAGUCUCAGUCUCGUUUUACCAAAUACGAGGAGCGAUGCCAGUCGAGACAAAGGAUCAGCGCAAAAGCUACGACUUCCUCUCGAUCUCCUCGUCGCAUCUGACCUUCAUGCGGCUGUCUUCGUUUCUGCCACUGAAGGGCAAGAGUUUUUUUCAUCCGUUAAGCCUGUUGCUGCAGCUCUGGGACCACUUCAUUGUCAUCGGGUACAACGUGAUGUGGCAAGGAUACGGGAUUCGCAUGAUACAGCGAGGUGACGUGGAGGUUGACUUUAUAUGUGAAGAUAUAAUAACCGUUGGUUUUACCAUACGGUACCUCCUGCUGUGCGCCAAGCGCGAGAAACUCUGUUGUCUGGUCGAGUCGUGCGAAAAGCUCUGGGACCUUUUAAAGGAUGGAGAGGUCAUCUUCGUGCGUCAGUUUGCCCGUAAAGGUUACUACUUCAGGAACUUCAUUCUGAUUAACGCUAUGCUCAUGGCCGCGUUGUACAGCGUUACGGCGCCGUUCGUCAGACUACCGCCGAUAGAAGCUAAUGGCACCGAGAGGAAGAUCCUACCGUUCAGGUUUUUCAUGGACAUUCAGAAGGAACCGGCCUACAGUAUCGUUUUCGCGUUUCAGUCCAUCCUUCUUCAGUUCAUCGACUUGAUGAUCGUGAGUACGGAAACGGUUUCGCUCUACCUGAUCAUGAUGGCGUGUGGAUAUCUACGCUCGGUUCGAAACCGACUGUUAAGUUUCAAAGGAAACGACGACAACACUAGUGAGAAGGGCGAAGCCGCGUUGAAGUUUGUCAUCGACUGUGCUCAUUUUCACCAGCAGAUAAUGAUAUUCUGCGAGGAUAUAGAACGAAUGACGCGGACGCUCUUCUUCUUCGCCUGUUUCUGUCCCAUCUAUAACGUGUCCAUCACGGGUAUCGUACUUUUCAACAGCGAAGACAUCGCAUUAGCUGCUUACUCUGCGAGCUUACGACCACAGGCUCCAAGUCACCGGGAAAAGAUCAAUCGAAUACUGUACUUCAUGAUGAUGAGAGCCCAGAAACCGGUGCAGUUAACGGCUGGUGGAUUCGUUGAUUUGUCGAUCGAAACAUUUGGAGCGAUGACAAAGAGUGCAUUCUCCUUCUUUAUGGUCUUGCGAAAAUUUAGGAGUUAAAGUGACGCACUCAUUUGAAACAGUGUUCGUUUUAACUUUGCUUGUAAACGUGUUAGAUAUCUCUCACAAAAUCGAAUAGUACAAAGGUAGAAGACGCAUGAAAAUAUUUAAUUUGUAGCAUAAUGUAGAACAGAUGAAAUCUUAUCAUCCUGGGUAUAAUAAACAUCAAUUCGU